GAAGUGCAUAUCGAGAGGACGCACCGCAGUUGCGCUUGGCAUUUGGGUUUCCUCUCCUGUUAAAAUCAUACGGCGAAGGCAUGAUUACUGAUGUAAUGCUCGUAUGAUGUAGUAGUGUGAUGUAAUCGAAACAGGGGGUGGCUCUGACAGUGGCCUGAGGCCACGCGGACCUCUCGGCACACAGCAAGCUCCCGGAAACCCAGCGGCCGUAGCCCCGGCGCUUCUGCCUGCCCCUAGCGAUGCCGGUCCUCCAGCCCUGCAGCAAGGCCCUGAAGCUCGGAGUUGGGCUCUUCGUUCUCUCCCUAUUCGUGUGGCAGUUACUGGAGUCGCGGCACGAGCAGGCUGUAACAAAGCUAAAUAAAACAUCUCUGGAAGCCCUGCUGCAACACCUCAAGUCUGAAGAGCUUGUGCGACGACAGUUGUCUCCAGGCGGGCCGCAUGCCGACCGUGCUGGCGGCCGCCAUCAGCAGCCCCACCACGCCGCCUUCCAUUUCGUCAGCUCCGGCCUGGUACGGCACAUGGCGGCGGCGCAGGCUCGCAUGCACGUGGAGCGAGCUAUGAAGCUAGCUGCAGCUGAGAAGCGAUUGCGCCUGGCAUUGGAAGUCUCCGAAACGAUCACUUCUUCGGGUCGUGCAGUUGGUCUGGGUUCGGCCGAGCGAGGGGGCAUGGAGGCGGCGGUGGCAGCGGCUGGGGCGGCGGCGGAAGCGCUGGCUGCCCUUAAGGCGGCGCACGCAGCCGCUGAGCCGCCCGUGACCUUUGGAGUCCAGCUGUCGUGCGGCUCUGCGAAUCACUGUGGGCUUUGGCAAGCCCACGGCCCGCAAGCUGCUACUGCUCCUGCUACUUCCGCUUCCGCAUCCAUGCUGGCGACUCGCGCACCGCUACCUGCUGACGCGGAGCCCGGGAGAGGACCGCAGUCUUGCACCAUCAGCACGCAAGAGGCAGGCUGUCCUGCUGGAGGUGCAGCCGGUAGCGGUGAUGCAGCGGAAGGCCAUGCUUCCGAGGGCGACCCGGCGGCAAUGGCGGCAGUAGCAGGACGUACCCCUGACGGCGGUGCUGAUGUGAGUGGCGGCGGGACGGAGGGCUUGACGGAGCCGCCGCAGUGCCCAGUUGCUGCUGCGGUCGUGGCAGCGGCGCACCAUGACGAUAGUCCUGAGGCGGGCGCCAUGGCAGCCGCUGCGUGCGGCGACACCGCGGCGGCGACGUCCGCAGGAAUUGCACAGGCAGAGCAGGGGGAAGCGGCAGCUGAGCCGGCUGCGCCUCUGCCGGCGACGCUGUACCGGAGGGUGGUGGGCGGGGCAGCGUGGCUAACGUCACGGCUGCCGCCGCUGCUGCCGCUGACGGCGGGCGGGCGGUUCGACCUUUGGUACAGCGGCCAGGUGCAGCUGCUGGCGCUCAUGCCCAGGUACUACCUUCUACUGUCUCCGGCGCUGGCGGCCUCAGGAGUGCCGCUGCCGCUGCUGGACUGGGCUCGGCGCCACCGCCUGCCGCACUUCACGCCGCUGCCGCCCACCGCCCACCAGCAGCCUCACCAGCAGCAAGAGCCGGGGCCCGGGCUUGCACCGGCGGCGGGUGGGCCCGGGCUUGGCAUGAGCUACAGCGGCAGUAGCAAUCGUGCGGGCAGCGCGACUCACGGCGAUAGCGAGGAGGUGCGGCAGCGGGAGCUACUGCUGCCACAGCUGCCAGCAGGGGCCGGUGACGCACUGGCGGAGUGUCGGCUGGAGGAGUCGUCUUCGCUGUGGGUGCUGUCGGCGUCAGCGGCCAACGGCGGCGCCAGCGUGGCCCGUGUGCUGCAGCCGCACAGCCCCGUGUGCAGCGGCGCACAGGGGGGUAGCUGCUGUGCUGGCAGUGGCGGCGCUGCGUCAGGGGCAGCGCUGACGCCACUCGUGCUGCCGCUGCCGCGGCUGCCGCGCCGUGCUCGACGCGUGGUUUGCAACGUCACCGUGCCCGAGGGCACAGCGGCAACGCUGUCCGGUCUUCCAGUUCAGGGCCCAAGCGCCUGUCGAUGGAAUGCAACGCAACGGCAGGGGCAUGUGUUUUCGUUUGUGGUGUUUGAGGAACUCGAUACCUUUUCCCGCUCGCUAAUGUCCGCGGACGGAGCAGUAGCAGCAGCCACCGGCAGUAGCAGUGGCAGCGGUAGCGGCAGCGCCGGGUGGCUGCGCUCGACGGCGUAUGGCAGUGGCCACGGCGCCGGUGGACGGGGCGUUAGCUCACGCAGGGCAGCAUAUGCAGCUGCGGCCGGGAUGUUUGGGCGGUCAGCAGGCACGAUGUCGGGCUGGAUGCGUGGAGGCUUCCAUGUCGGCGGCGGCGUGCUGGCGGGCGCAUGGCUGCCUGCAACAGCCGCGGCUCCCGCUGCUACUGCCGAUGCGGGCGCUCACGAUUUAGGCGGCCCCAACGGCCGGGCGGACGCGGAGCGGUACUGGCAACAGGAGCGCGACCAGGCGCGAAGUGCGGACCGAGAGCACCAGCAGCCGCCACAGCCGCCACCUGCUGUGGCCGGGUUCGUGGCACGAGGGCUGGCGGCGCUGCGCGCUGUCCUCAGCGGCUUGGAUGGCAGCACCCUAUACUACUGCUCCUCCUACCUAUGUGAUACCACGCUGUAUAAGCCUAGGAAGAUUGCGAGUGACGGUAGCGAUGGGCGCGGUGAAGGGAUCGGCCGUGCCAGCGUGUUUUGGGCCGUGCAGGGAGGGCUCCUGGCGCUGCUACUGCCGCUCCUGCGCAUGGUGGACAGCCUGUUGGGGCUGGACUGGCGGGCGCUGGGGAGCAUGGCUGUAGCAGGCUGGCGGCUGGCGGCGGCGUUGGGCGGGCCGCUGCUACUGCCGCACCUGGCAGUGCUGCGGCUGCUGCUGCCGCACACGGAGCUGUGGCAGGUGGACGUCGUGAUGAUCACGGCGGCAGGCCUCAUAUGCAGCUACGCGGAGUGCCUGUUGGCGACCCGGCUGCUGCUGCGGUGGCGUGCAGAUGUGGAGGACGCGGCAGGAGUGCAGCUGGACACACCCACCGCCAACAUCAUUUGGCGGAGGGUGUGUCAGGAGGCGUCCGGGCCGCGGCUGUUCUGCUGGCGGCGCAUGCUGGCCUGGCGUGGACCUCUGGACGGGGCACUGGUGUGCGCGGCAGUGUAUCAGUACAGCUGCAGCCGCGCGGGCGCGGGACUGGACCCCGUGCUGCGGCUGCUGCUGCCGCUGCUAUGCCGCUGGGAGCAGGCCAAGAGCUUGAUGGCGCAGGCGAUGUAUUCGCGGCUGUCGGCAGUGGAAGUCGCCACGCGCGCCUCCAAGCAGUUCAUUCAGGUGGCCUCGACGGCUCGACUGCUGCAUGACUCCGUGGAGCCGCUCACCCUGACACAGAUGGCAGCUGUGUUGGAACCAGACAACCGGGAGCUGUGGCGCCUGCUGGCGGCGGACGACGGCCGGGAGGCGGCGCUGCCGCUGACGGCGGCGCAGCACGUGCUGAUGGCGAUGCAACGUUACCGGAACGGUGGCCGUGACCGGCCCCAGGGACAGAGGCAGCGGGAGCUGCAGCUGCGAGAGCGGGAGCGGGAGCGGGAACGACUGCGGCGACGGCAGGAGGCUGCCGCUGGGUCGGAGGAGGGCGGCAGCGGGGCCACACAGCCGGCUGCAUAUGUCAAGUGGCCUCCGCCGAUCAAGGUACCGGACGGCCAGGGUAUGGCGGCGGGCACGGGCAGCGGUGGUGGAGACGUCAUUGCGCCCCGCGCCUUCCUAUGCCCCAUCACGCACGACGUCAUGACUCAGCCAUGCCUGCUCAUCAGCCCACAGCUCCUGAGCGCGCCCACGUACGAGCGGAGCGCUAUCCAGACGUGGCUGACGCUUCGCCAGACGGACCCGCGGACCAACACAACCCUGAUCACAUGGAUCUUGUUGCCAAAUGAUGAGCUGUUCCGCUGUAUCGACGACUGGGCGCGUGGGCUGGAGGUUGUUGCGGUGGAGGCCACGGAGGCGGUAGCUGCUCCCAUAGAUGCGGCAGCAGAGCAAUGCGCGCAGUAGUAGCCCCACGGACGGCUGAGUGCGUCGCGCUGAUAUGCUGGUGCCUACUCAGCUUCCUUCACCCUUGUUAGUAAAACUCAAAUUCCUCACGCGUGUUGGGUAUGGGAGACAAGUCCGGAAUGACUGCGUGGAAUGUAGUGU